UUGCAUUCCACAUUUCUAAUCGCUAGCUACUCCUAACAAUCUCCGCGCUCUCUGAUUUUUCAACAUUUUUUUACCAGGCCAUAAAUUUAAAUUAUGCUUCGGCGGUUAAUUCUUAUGCUGAAAACUCCGGAACGAUUUAAUACAUCAGUAGAUUACUUGGAAUAAAAGUCAUGAUAAAGUGCGGAUGCUCACAGGAGAGUUAGUUUUAUUACAGUGGAGAAAAUUUAUCAAGAAAGUGAUCCAAAUUUGUGUCUCGUUUUCAGCCAUGGAAAUACGAGGGCAUAUAUUAAAUUCGCAAAGGAUACAAUGCUUAUUUUUAUGGGCACUGCUUGUUUGUAUCUUCGCAACAGCACUAUCCCAGGAUGAGCAAUUAUCCAGCACACCUGGUCUCCCUACUGUUACUGUCAGAGGAUUUUUAAAUUUUAAAACUACAGUGGACGGGACAGUUAUUGUUUUUACUCCAGCAUCUGAAGUUCAUCAGCCAACCACACCGCCAAAAAUCGUAAUAACAUCAUCAGAAGUUCCGGAAUCUUCAGAAUCUCCAACAAAAUCAUUCAUUCCGAAUGAAGAUUUAACUUCCGAGAAAGAGAUGCACGAGGCUGUUCAGGACUUAGCUUAUGCAUCGCCUCCACAAAAUUCUUUAGAGACAAUCAAAACUCAGAUUCCUAACUUAAAUUUAUUGGAAAAUAAAAUGAAAGAAACUUUUCUACAGCAUAUUUCGGAUAAUGCAGUUUUGCCAUCAACUAGGCAGGUUAAUAAUGACCUCGAUAAAGUAAAAAAAUUAUCCUCUUCGCAAAAUCAGUAUCCCACGGGACUUGUCACUGUUCUUGGUGGCACUUUUGUAGAUGGCACCUCAACAACAGUUUUUGAAACUAAAGUUAUUGGCACUUAUAUAGAUGGUAAAUAUGCGCAAAUCCUUCAGAGCACUUCUAGUGUUGUUGCCGAUCCUACAACUUUUAUGACUGCGACACCUACAAUGACUUACUUAACUGUUGAACGAAGUCACAGCAAAGCGGUGGAACAAAUUUCUAGUAGUUUUAGCGAAGUAUCUGCUCCAUCAUCAUCUAUUGUAUCAGUCCUGAGUUCGUCUACUUCUUUUUCUAAAUCCCCAGUAUCAAGUACACCAAGUGAAACAUUUUCAAUAGUUUCUACUCCAACUUUAACAUCGUCAGAAACUUCCAAAUCUGUAAUUCCUGAAGAGAAAAUGAAAUCGCCAGUUUCUAAAAUGAAGGAAAUAUCUUCAUCGACAGUUGCGAAGAAUGAAAAUACGGCUUCCAUUUUUCCUUCUCGGUACAAAUCUCGCCAAAAUACCCUGGAAUCUUCCUUCGUAACAACAAGCGUAACGGUUUCAUUUGACAAUGAACAACCAACAGAAACUUUAGAAAGUGCUAUUAGAAGUACUUUAUCAAAACCCAAAUCAACAUUCAUACCAGUUACAUCAACGGUAGCAAGGUUCUCUGAUGAUGACAAUACUUUGCCAACUUCACAAAAAACGCCAAGAAACAGUACAUCAAGAACUCGCUUCCUUUCACCUCGAAGGCCAUCUCAAUCGGUCAGACUAAAUCGCUUCAAAGUAAAACUCACUCUUAGACAUGACUCCUCUGAUGAAUAUAAUGUCACUCUACCAGCUGAUGAUGAAGAUUUGGAAGAAGAUCACACUCACAAGACUGAUGAUGAAGCUGAAGUAGUGACCGAAGGCAUAGGUAUUGAAGUUGAUCCAGCGAAGGUUGUUUUUCAAGAGACAACUAUUACAAGUGAAGUAACUCUUCAUGUGGGAAGAAGAAAAUCUGUUCGAACUCUCACGAUCACAACAUCUGUUCCGCUGACAGUAAACCCAACAGAUAUUCAAGAUAUUCUUGCAGCUGAAUCAACUUCUAUGGAACGUGAAGCCUCAGAGGUAGAUUUUAAUCACCACAUUGUAACACGCACGUUCACUACAACAGAAAGGGCCUUAAAAACAUCUGUGGUUCCAGUUUAUGAUGGCAAAUCAACAGCUUAUCACACAGUAACAGAGAGUUUCUUCAUUAUGAAGAUUAUUACUGCUUACAGAACAUUACCAAUAGGAGAUGCUUCUGUUCUAGAAUCAGCUUUUGAUGAACCGGAUACACCAGAAACCACACUAGAAGCUGCAGCCAAUAUUCAACCAUCAGUAAUUCAGUCUGCACCACCGGAACAAUUUUCAACAGAAAACACUGUGCAACCAUCAAUGAUCAUGCCUUCUGUCGGAAAUGCUCCUCCUCAACUCUCGAAUCCUUUCCUUUCUUUGGGAAAUGCCUUAAAUAACCCUCUAGCUGCUGUAUAUCUUGGAUUGCAACAACUCAAUGCCCAAAUGACUUUAUAUUCAACAGUAAGCGAUACAUCAACAUAUGUUACAACUGAAACCCUCUACAGCACAAAAACAAUCAGAUUUUAUGAUGGAAGAUCAACUCGAUAUCGAACUGUCUCGGAUCCUACAGCUACUAAGAAAAGAACUGUUACUACCACGAUAACGUCAGUUCAGCCAUAUCUUAAUACACAUGCAUUACAGCAGCAACAGCAAUUACAGAAGCUGAUUGGAGCUACUCGCAUAGCCCCUCCCGAGCCUGAAUACAGCACUAUUACUUCCAUAUAUACAACAGUAACAACAACAACGAGUCUAAGCCCCCGAAUAUAUACUCUCAUUUACAACGGAUUUAGUACGAAGUUCAGAACAGUAACAAGUACAACUAUGUUUCCAACUACCGUAACCAUAACGAGCACGACCAAAGUGCCAAUAGCACCAACUAAUGUUCCUUUCACUUACCCGUACUCGUUAUAAAUAGAAUACAGCAAUUUUAAUAUUUUUUGGGACUUAAGUUAUUUUCAAUUCGAAAAGAAAGCGUCUACAGAGCUUUUUCUUUUUAGAUGGAAGUCAAUAAGAGAGAUACAGAUGAAAUGCCUAUUUAGAUGGAAUGCUAUCAUAGUUAAAAACUCCAUACCAUAAACUAAAAUGGAAUGAAGAGAAAUGCGUUCUGAAUAAACGGAACAGAAGAGUAGCUGAACACAGAGACAUUUUCUUGAGUGACAUUUCGUGCAACAACUCAUUGAUUUAACUUCUGUUAACAACUCAUGGAUUGCACAGGAACGUACGUUCAAAAGAAAAUUUUAUCUUUCCAACGAUUAAUAUAUAAGCAAAAGGAUGUGGAACUUAUCAAAAAAUUUUAACUUCACUUUUAUUGGAUACAAAGAACUAUAGAUGCUUCAUCUUCUUGAGAAAUAUCGUAUAUUUUGAGAUUUUAACUCCCAGUAUUAUCAAUAAAUAUUUUUGACGUAAGUUCAUUUUUGUGUAGUUAAAAGACCUGUAUGGCUAAAAAAUAUAAAAGUACCAAGUUUUAAAUAACAGCGAGGAGGAUCAAUUGCUUCCAAAUCUAUACGUUCUAAUAUUUAAUUAAAAUAAAACUACAGAAGAGCAUCAAUGAUUUUAAAUGGAUUUCCUGUGUAGCGUUUUUUAAAGUUCAAUCAAUGAAAAGCUAGACAUAUCUUACAAUCAGUAUACGAUUACAGGAUAAAACAAUUAUUAAUAUCAAAUGCUCUCAAUCAAAAUUGUUUUUCGUAAAAGCACGCGAUAAGAAUCGAUCGCGGUAUUUAUUUUUCUUUACCGCUGACUCAUCUUUCAGGUUUAUCGUGUGAAUCACAAUUUGUUUUGUGUUUGCGAAAUAGAACAGCCAUAAUGAAAGCUGAUAAUUAAAGAACUGUGAAAAACGCCAUUUAAAUUAAUUUGAUUACUCCGUUAAUCAAUAAGCUUUUAAUUUCCAUAAAGCUCUCAUCAAACACUUUAGUUCCUUUAUGAGCUAUAUUCAAAUGUACAAAAACAGAUUAUUCUGCGAGAUAACAUUUCAGAAAUUCAAAGAAAAAAAAUUUACUCAAUUAUAUCUGUAUCAUAUUUUUCUUAUUUCCUGAAUUCAAAUAUUGUAUUGCCAUAAGUAUCUUUAUGAAAAAUACCCAUGUGCUUUGACUAAAUGUUAUUUGCACAUUUUUCUUUAGAAAUUGAAACAGUUCUGUCCACUAAUUCAUGCGAAAAUUUAAGUGAAAACACUGUAAUUCUUAACUUUAUUUUCAUAUGUUCUUUGUUUUAAUGUUAAUGCUACUUCAAACAGAGCAAAACGUUAAUUUUUAGCGUUAUUAUGUAAAUAAAAAACAACAGUAAAUAAGGAACUGGCAAUUUUUUUAAAAAAAAGUUUAUCACCAAUUUUGCUCUGUUUGAAGUACAACCUACAAAAUAUUUAUACAUGAAAUUAUCUACUAGUAUAUUUUGUCAAACUUUAUAUAACAUUCUUAUAUAAUAAACCU